GAAAUUUCCUCUCAAUCCCGUGGCGCCAGUGUCACUCAUAUAUUUUGUCUGCUGCUCCAUUUUUUUAGGGUGAAACCAAGAUUGGGUGAAACACUUUUUUCAAUCAAAAAGAAAUAAAAAAAGUUAGGAAAUAGUAUUUAAUUAAAAAGAUUAUUAAACAUGACAGCACUCGCCAGAACACUUCGUCCUUGUUUGCAAUGUGUACGAACACAAAUUCGAGCUUUCGCUGCCGAAGCCUCGGGCAAUGAAAUGAAAUUCACAUUUUCCGGAGCAAAUCAGGUAUUUUACGAUCAGGCAAAUAUUCGUCAGGUGGAUGUUCCAUCUUUUUCAGGGUCAUUUGGUAUUUUACCAAAACACGUACCAACAUUGGCUGUUUUGAAACCAGGAGUUGUCACUGUUUUCGAACAAGGCGGUGAUACGAAGAAAAUUUUCGUUUCUUCUGGAACAGUCACAAUUAAUGAAGACUCCAGUGUUCAGGUACUCGCUGAGGAAGCGCAUCCGGUUGAGAAUAUUGAUAAUUCGGCGGCUAGAGAUAUUUUAAGUAAAGCACAACAACAAUUAUCUUCAGCGUCAUCUGAAAAGGACAAAGCAGAGGCGGCGAUCGCCGUUGAAGUUGCCGAGGCUCUCGUCGCAGCUUCCUCGUAAUUUCUAUUAUGUAAUUCCAAUUCAUCUCUAAUUCGAGUCACACCGUACAGUUUAGUUGUCUAUAAAAAGACAAACAUCCAAUCUUGUUAAUGUAAUGUUACACGAAAAAUAAAACCAAUAGAAAAUGUGAAA